AUGGGGCUAACGGCGGCCUGGAACAGUAACGGCCGUCCUGUAUUCACUAAGACAGAGCCGGAUGGGAAUAAUGCAAAUAGUAGCGAUGACGAGCGAUCUGGGACCGUGCCACAGUCGCUAAAGCCCCUCGGCACGCUUCCUGGACCUACAAAUACGCUUCCGAAACCUAGCCUUUCCGGGCCGGCCAGUGCUCCUGCUGGAUCAUUACUCAAGGGUCCUGUCAAAGCAGAUGGAACUUCAAAGGAUCCGCUACUUAUGAUCGGCAUCAAGCUUGACCUCGAAGCCGAUAUUCACAUAAACGCUAGGGUUCGAGGUGACAUUUUGGUUGGAUUGUACUAG